AUGCCUGCCGAAGCUACAGUCCAAGCGGACGUUGGUCCCGGCGAUGAGACUGGCAUCUACUACAUUACCAUUUGCAACGUACUGUCUCUCACACCCAUCAUGACCUGUGCUACGGUAACAAAGCUGACUACUCUUUCAGUUACCAUUCGCAACUUCGUGGCAGGAAUUGAAAGACUGGACACGUACAGCAUGCGUGGUGGACCAUAUCGAGGUCUUCCAGAGCAGUACCUCUGGAUGGGUCAGACACUUCUCAACGGCGGCGUUUUCAAAGGUCGCUCGAUCAUUGCGUCUGACAGAAACUGUAAGCAUUCUAUCAAGAUCAAGGAGCUUGCUACACCACCGCAAGCCGUCAUUUCACAGACACUGCAGUAUCAAGCCACACCUCCCAGCCCCUAUGUCCUGCCAACUCAGAUGGUUAUGUCUCCGCAGUAUUCUGCUGCACCUGGACAGUCUUUCUCGAGCCCAAGCUACUCCCAGCAGCUACCAGUCACAGUAACCACAAACACUCCUGCAACUUAUGCGGCUGCCAGCCCUGGGAGCUACUACACAUACAAUGAUACCAGCACUCGGUUAUUUGCCCCAAAACUAGGCGCAGUCUCGUACUCUCCACAAUACCAAUAUGAAGGAAGCCAGCUUGCUCUUCCUUAUCGCGGUAUUAGUGAGCAUCCAGGGUACUACCCGAAUUGCAGCUCCCCCAGCGGCGAUUCAUCCUAUAGGUCGGAAUACGUGGUGCCGGAAACACGCAAGCUAUGUGUGUCGCCAUUCCCGCAACAAGCGGAAGCCGAUGAGGUCAAAUCUUGGGUUCAGCGCAAAGUGGACAAUGACAAGAUCGAAUCCAUCGAGAUACCCAAGAACAGCGACAGUAAUUAUCUGAGAGGAUAUAUAUUGGUUGUUUUUGAGAAUGUCGCGGCCGCGAAUAUUGCGACGAAGCAGUUCAACAAAGCACGUUUCCAAGGCAGAAGAAUGAUAGCGCGACCCACUCGGGAGGAUGUAGAGGUGGAAGAGCUUGGGGAGCCCAUCGUUUCGCAUGAAUCGUCAAACUGGGCCGACUCUGAGAGAAGCGAGGCGAAUGUACCAACUGCUCCAUCCCGCAGGAGAGAUGAUGGCCGAAGACGGAACGAGAAGUCCCAAAGGUCAAAGAACAAGGGGCCCAAGCCAACGGGAUCUGAUAAAAUGAAGGCACUGGAAAAGAAGUCGUCUUCAAGCAAGAAAUUUUCGGGGUCGCAAGUGGACAAGAAGUUGCCAUCGAAAAAGGCAUCCUCCGAAAAGGAGACCAGCGUCAAGGAUGAAAAGCCGGUCAUCGUUGAUGGAACCUCCUAUCAUCAUGACAAGCAUUGA